AUAUCUAAUUGUGUAAAACUUACAUUUUAUUUUAUUUUUAGGAUAUGUAAAACUCUACAUAUAGUCUUACAUAAAUGUCUAUGUGGGGCCUUAUAAAUUGUUAAAAAAAAUGAGCUCUGUUGAAUUUCUGAUAAAUCUCAGGUUUCUUUUUUUCUUCAUUGACAAACCCUACCCCCAAAUUCCAACGCCCCCACCUACCUCGAUUUUCUGAGUGUUCAGCUCGAUUAUUGGCGAAACAAUUAGCUGCCCACAAAAAUAUGGCAAUAGCGAAGUCGGAUGGCUAGAAGAGCUGCUUCAGAGCUAUUUGUAAGCAGGUUGUCGUUUUACACAACAACUGGAGAAUUGGAGAGGCUAUUCUCGCCCUUUGGCUUAAUCGAAGAAGUAAGGCUUAUCAAAGAUCCUAGGACCCAACGGCCUAAAGGUUUCGGUUUUAUCAAAUUUGCGAGUGAAAUAGAUGCUAAGAAUGCACUCAAGGCCAUGAAUGGCAGGAUAGUGAAUAGCAGGUUGAUUUUUGUGGAAUUAGCAGAAACUACAAACCCUGGGAAUCCAUCUUCCUGAACGAACAAUAAUUUCCUUGGUAGCAUUUGAGACAAAUAUUGUGACAUAGAUACGUAAAUCAACAUGGGAGAACUCUUGGCAUUUUCUCAGUCGAGUCUGCUGUUAUCACCGCGGUCUCCGCUCUGCUUUUCAAGGCAGCAUCAUCUUCUCACAGGUUGCAGCCUAUCAUCACUCUCAAUAAUUCCACCCGUCACUUACCUGUCAAAAAGGCUUACCACAUUUCCAACUUCUCGUGGUGGGCAAAACCAAUGUUCUUGGAAGACAGUUGCUGGCGUCAUCUCAGACUCUAAGGUACCCACUACCUUUACAGUUGAUUCGGCUGGGGAAGGCAUUGAUAUUCUACCAGACUCUGGUGGUUCUGACGACAACAUUGGUGGAGGUGGUGGCAACGGUGGUGGUGGUGGAGGUGGAGGUGGUGACAAUGGCAAUAAUGGAGAUGGGGGAAAUGAAGAUCAGAGCCAUGAGAAAAAGGGAGGCAUGUCAAUGUCCCAGAAACUCACACUAGGCUACGCUGCCUUAGUUGGAAUCGGAGGAGCAAUGGGCUAUCUCAAGGGCGGAAGCCAAAAGUCACUGAUCGCGGGUGGAGUGUCAGCAUCAUUGCUGCUUUACGUCUACACCGCGCUUCCUUCAAACCCGGUUCUGGCAUCUUCAGUUGGCCUUCUUCUCUCUGCCUCUCUUCUUGGAGUGAUGGGAUCACGUUUUAUGAGGUCAAGGAAGAUUUUUCCAACUGGUGUCGUCUCCUUCGUUUCGCUGGUCAUGAGCGGGGGCUACUUGCACGGUAUUCUUCGUAGUCUACACUGAUCGUGUCCAAGAGCACGACGUCGUCCCUGAUUUUCAGGUACCUUUUUCACCGGCCUUUCGACUCAAAUGCAGAAGUGAGGAUUCUGUGUUCUUGGAUCCCCAGCUAUGGAACUCUACCUUUUUUUGUUAUGUAAAACUCGUGUCUGAAUAAGAGUUUAGCUGUAUGUCUUUUGUUUGGCUCCAAAUGUAAGUCUCUGAAUCAUAUCUUCUUUUCAAUUUUAUCAUAUAAGAGACUACUUCCA